AUGAUGAGUUCGGGUGAUCAUAAGAGCAGACACGGGAGUAGGCAUCAUAGCAGCUCGUUGCUGUCAGAUGGUUCUAAAAUAGGGAAUUAUCAAAUUGUAAAGACUUUAGGGGAAGGUUCGUUCGGUAAAGUGAAGUUAGCAUUCCAUUCUACAACAAGACAGAAGGUUGCGUUGAAGAUCAUUAAUAAGAAAGUGUUGUCAAAGAGUGACAUGCAAGGGAGAAUUGAAAGAGAAAUAUCAUACUUGAGACUGUUGAGACACCCACAUAUUAUUAAACUGUACGACGUCAUUAAAUCCAAAGAUGAGAUUAUUAUGGUCAUUGAAUAUGCAGACCAUGAGCUUUUUGACUACAUUGUCCAAAGGGAGAAGAUGAGUGAGAAUGAAGGGCGUAGGUUUUUCCAACAGAUAAUUAGUGCUGUGGAGUAUUGUCACAGACAUAAGAUUGUUCAUAGAGAUUUGAAACCAGAGAAUUUACUAUUAGAUGAACACUACAACGUCAAGAUUACAGAUUUUGGUUUGUCGAAUAUCAUCACAGAUGGCAAUUUUUUGAAGACUUCAUGUGGGUCUCCAAACUAUGCAGCUCCAGAAGUUAUUAGUGGUAAAUUGUAUGCUGGUCCAGAGGUCGAUGUUUGGUCUUGUGGUGUUAUAUUGUAUGUGCUACUAUGUCGUCGUUUACCAUUCGAUGAUGAAAGUAUUCCCACACUUUUUAAAAAUAUUAACAAUGGUGUUUAUACAAUCCCAAACUUCUUGAGUGAGGGUGCAGCAAGUUUAAUUAAAAAAAUGUUGAUUGUCAAUCCAAUGAACAGAAUAACUAUUGGUGAUAUUAUUCAAGAUCCAUGGUUCAAAGUUGACUUGCCAGAGUAUUUGGUACCUAGUGAAAAGGAUGCCAUCAAAAUAAAUGGUACUAACAAUAAUGCUGAGAAUCUACAGAAUCUAACAGCUGCGGAUAUUGAUGAGGAGGCAAUAGACAUUUUAACAAAAACAAUGAACUAUAGCAAAGAAGAAAUCUACGAAUCUUUACAAUCCGGCGAUGUUGAUACCAAUCCAAGUCAUCACGAAAUCAAGGAAGCAUAUUUGUUAAUCAAGGAAAACCAAAACUUAAUAAAUACUUUAAAGAAAGGUGAUAAUAUUAAGCAACUUGAUACCUUCUUAUCUCAAUCACCACCUUCUUUCCAAAAAUACAAUGAACAAAAUGGCACAACUGGUAUGAGUAUCUCCAAACCGACUCAUUCCGGGAAGGAUAGAAGAAACCUAAAUAAUAUUCCAGGCAUUUCUGAUGCGCAGAGACCGGUACAUGUACCUUCAUCUAAGCAUCAAUUUAUUCCAGAAGAAAAUAAUCAACAAAGAACCUACUUGCCGAAAACAUUCCCAGAUGAAGACAAACAAGCCGAUUCUACUAUCACUAUUCUACCUUCUUCUUUACCUCAAAUACAUAGAACAAAUAUGGUCUCACAAGGUUUGGUAGGUACCUCCAAUGUGACUCCAUUGCCAGUCAAGAAAUCUAAGCUCAAAUGGCAUUUUGGUAUCAGAUCCAGAUCAUACCCAUUAGAUGUCAUGAGUGAAAUUUACGCCGCGUUGAAAACAUUAGGAGCCCACUGGGCUAAACCAUCCGAAGAAGAGCUGUGGACCAUACGAGUAAGUUGGAGGUACAACAACAACUCCACUCAAAACAGAGAAAAUAUUCCAGAUUUAAUGAAAAUGAUUGUUCAAUUGUUUCAAAUCGAAACAAAUAAUUAUUUAGUUGAUUUUAAAUUCGAUGGAUGGGAAUUUAGUGAUGGCAGAGGAGUUCCUCAAGGAAACAUUUCGGAAGACGAAAUAGGAGCCUUCUCAGCUUAUCCAUUCCUACACUUAACAACUAGAUUAAUCAUGGAACUGGCAGUAAAUAGUCAAGGUUAA